AUGUUGGCAUAUCAUAUGAGUGGCUACAGUGGCUAUGGAGUCCAGUAUUCACCAUAUUUUGAUAAUCGAUUAGCUGUUGUUUCAGGGUCAAACUUUGGCUUGGUGGGUAAUGGAAAACUGUUCGUACUGGAUAUUGAUAUGCAUGGCAAAAUACAUGAAUCCAACUCAUUCUUAACUCAGGAUUGCCUAUUUGACGUUGCAUGGAAUGAACUGCAUGAAAACCAAGUAUUGGUUGCUCAAGGAGAUGGGACACUUCGACUUUUUGAUACCAAGUUAAAGCAGUACCCGAUUGCCAUUUUCAAGGAACAUCAAAAGGAGGUUUUCAGUUGUAAUUGGAACUUAUUAUCAAAGCAGACCUUUGUCAGCAGCUCAUGGGAUGGCACUGUCAAAAUAUGGUCACCCACUAGACAGCAAAGUCUAGUUACUUUUUUACCUCAUACUUUAGAGAAUACAAAAAACGUAGACAUUACUACAAACGUUCCCUUGUCCAACCAGAAGCAGCAUGAAGGAAUAUCUAGAAAUAAAAAUUGCAUAUAUCAAGCUCAAUUUUCACCUCAUGAUCCAAAUUUGGUGAUGUGUUGUUCUGGUAAUUCGUACACUACAUUGUUUGAUUUACGGCAACCAGCCCACACAGGAAAUCAGCAAAGCUUUCUAGCACAUUCGGGAUUGGAAGUCCUUACAUGUGAUUUUAAUAAGUACAGACCAUACACAGUUGCCACGGGAGGUGUUGACAAUACUAUUCGGAUGUGGGAUUUAAGAAUGGUGGGGCCUAAUUCAUCACCCGCAAUUUGCGUAAACGAAAUCAGCGGAGGCCAUGAGUUGGCAGUCAGAAAAGUUUCUUGGUCACCUCAUCAUUCUAACGUGCUACUUUCUACUUCCUACGAUAUGACGUGUUGCGUUUGGCAGGAUUUGAGUGCCGAUGGUGUAAAAAAUACUGGAAGAACUAAUAGCAUCGAUCCAAAGCAAGGUUGCAGAUUCAGAUUUGCACAACAUACCGAGUUUGUCUACGGCGCAGACUGGAGUUUAUGGGGUCAACCAGGAUUCAUUGCAUCUACGGGAUGGGAUGGUAAUGUUUUCAUUUGGAAUGGCCUCUCCUUGAAAUAG